CGAGUAAGAAAUGAGAAGGUAGGCUCUGAUAAAGGAAGCUGACAGACGCCAUGUCAACCAGCAAUUCCGAUGAAGUUUUGGUGUGUGAUGGAGAUGUAAAGCAUUUCAAGAGUAUUAGCAAACAGCUACUGGCAUCGCUCUCAGAGAUAAUAGAAUCGAUUCCAAGUGCAAAUCCAGAACAUAACAACAUCCUUGCUGUCGCAAGCUAUUUCUAUCGCACUUCUUCAGCUAUUAGGGGGCUUCAGAGUUCAGAGAGCAGCCUGGCUAAUGAAACUGAGAUACUACAAUCUCUAUCUCAAAGCAGUGAUAUGGCGAAAGACAUCUUAGGAAAACUUCAACAAAAUGGACAGACAAUCAUGGAUGAUGAAGUGAAGAACAUGAUAAAACAGCUAGAAGAUAUUAUCAAUCGAAUGGGUUAUGACUUGAGUUUAAUACCACCAUCUGCAUUCAAGGAUGAAGAAUAUGCAGAUAUCACAAUCAGCUCACUCUCAGAGGAGAUGAGAAAUUUUCGUUUUGAGACCAGCCUAUUACAAGAAACCAAGCCCAACCAACAGAAAACAAAUCAACUGUAUCUGGAGGAUCACCCAGAUGCGGAAUCAAUGACAAUAGAAUCAGACCUCUAUUCAACCAGCAUGGUAGUCUGCUCAGAAAACUCUCAUGUAUCAGAUAUUCCACAGAUAAUGGAAGCCAUUAGAAGUGCAAGUGAAAGCAGCAAUAGACACGUUGGAAACAUGAGUAACAGAUUAUCAAGAAGUAUGACAGAAGUUGAUACUCAUAUGGAACCAAUGUAUAAGAGUUUCAUUUGUCCACUUACUAACCAGGUCAUGGAUGACCCAGUGACCAUAAGUAGUGGACUGACGUACGAGAGGAGGGCAAUCACAGAGUAUUUCAAAAAAUUUGGAAAUUCAGAAGAAGUUAACUGUCCUAUCACCAGGGAGAAGCUCCAGAGCAGGGCUAUGAGCCCCAAUUUAGCUUUAAGAAGCAUAUUACAGGAGUGGAAAGACAGAAAUGAUUCUGCGCGACUUAAAGUCAUACGUGCAGCUUUGUCCAUAGGCAGCACAGAGAGUAUGAUACUUGAAGCAUUGAAGGAUUUGCAGAACCUCUGCCAAAGGAAUCCCAAGAAAAUACAGGAAGUGUACAGCAUAGGAAUAAUACCAUUGCUUGUCAGGCUUCUGGAAUUAAGAGACAAAACUGUGAGAUGUUUAACACUGGGAAUGAUUCGUCUAUUAGUUGAGCAAGGUGAAGCAAAGGAGCAAAUUGCGAAGACACCAGUGAUAUCUGCAACAAUCAGAAUGCUGUCCAGCAGCUACCAACCAAUAAGACACGCUGCACUAUUACUCCUAAUUGAGUUUUCCAAGUCUAACUUUCUCUCAGAGAAAAUAGGCCAUGUCACUGGAGGAAUUCUGAUUCUGCUCCAAACAAAGUACAACAGAUCUGUAGACACCUUUGCUUCAGAAGCAGCAGACCAAAUUUUGAAUAAUAUGGAGCGGUGUCCCAGCAAUAUUAAGUUCAUGGCAGAAAUAGGAUACUUGGAACCUCUUCUUAGCAAUUUGAUUGAAGGAUCUGAGGAGAGGAAGUUGGAAAUGAUGACCUACCUAGGUGAAAUAGUACUUAAAGAUGACAGCAAGACUUACGUGGCAGAGAGAACAACUCCUGUUCUCAUCCAAAUGCUGCACAACAGAAAUCCCUUAACUAGAAAAGCUGUAUUUAAAGCCCUUGUUCAAAUAUCCUCUUACUCAGCCAGUGGUAGAAUACUAGUAGAAGCUGGAAUUGUAGGAGAUAUGAUUGAAGAAAUAUUUACCAAAAAAAUAUAUAGUGAACCAAUGGAUUCACUUAAAGAAGCUUCGGCAAUACUAGCAAAUAUCCUUGAAUCUGGGAUCGGAUUUGAGAAUCUGACUGUAAAUAGUCAAGGCCAUACCAUGGUUUCAGGUUAUGUCAUAUUCAACAUCGUCUACAUGAUCAAAAAUUCCACCCCGGAUGAUCUGAAUUUGAAUCUUAUCAGAAUCCUUUAUUGUAUGGCAAAAUCUAUGAAGUCAGAUAACCCAAUUACGUCAGCAGUGAGGGAAGGUGAAGCAAGCUAUACACUUAUUGAACUCAUCAACAACCCAAGUGAUGAAAUUGCAGUAGCAGCAAUAAAACUUCUAAUUCUACUCUCAUCCCACAUAGGGCAUUUACUAAUUGACAGACUCUGCAAGUUAAAUGGCCAACCUGAGGGUCUUAUACAAAGCCCUGCCAACUCUAGUCAGAUCACUGAAAGGCAAGCUCUAUCAGUCUCAUUUCUGGCUAAACUUCCUCAUCAAAACCUCACUCUCAAUCAGGCCUUGCUCAGUAAGAACACAAUCCCUGAAAUCUUGCAAUCAAUAAGUCAAAUCCAAAGCAGCGGAACAAGACAAAACAGGUAUGCCUGUAUGUACUUGGAGGGGCUAGUGGGAGUACUAGUUAGAUUCACAGCAACAUUACAUAAUUCUCAAAUGUUGUUUUUGGCAAUAAAUCACAAUUUCACUGCGGUUUUGACUGAUUUGUUAUUGGAAACAUCAAGAGAUGAGGUACAAAUCUUAGCUUCUACAGGAUUAGAUAAACUCUCAGCACAAUCAACACGUCUCUCAAAGCCACCAGGGCCAUCACAAAGAAAGCGGAAGAAAUUCUUCAAUCUGUUCUACCAGGCCAGGUUUUUAGCCUCUGGGUCAUCAAGGAAAACCAAAGUGGAACUUUGUGUAGUUCAUAAAGGUGUUUGCUCCAAAAAAGAUACAUUUUGCUUGAUUGAAGCAGGGGCAGUUGAGAGACUCUUAUUAUGCCUGGAUCAUCAGAAUGUUCAGGUGGCUGAAGCUGCAUUAUCAGCAUUAUCGACAUUACUGGAUGAUAACGUUGAUGUGGAACAGAGUGUGAACAUACUGGAUGAGAUGAAUACGAUACAACGAGUGUUAAAAGCAGUGCGAUAUCACAAGAAUGAAAUUCUGUGGCAGAAAGCAUUUUGGAUGAUUGAGAGGUUCUUAGUGAAAGGUGGGCAAAGAUCUUUAUCUCUUGUAUCACAAGAUAAGUUAUUUUAUAUUACAGUGGUGACUGCCUUCCAUCAUGGAGAUGCAUACACAAGGCAGAUGGCAGAAAAUAUUCUACGGUACCUAGAUAAGAUGCCAAGUCUCACUGGCACCUUUACCACUUGAUUUUUCCAAUGGUGAAUGUGAAAGUCCUGGUUUAGAGUGAUUAAGUAGAUGGAGAUCCUAGAAAUAAAUUGAAUGAUGAAGAAAAAAUAGAUUUUAGUGAUUUAGUCUGAAAAUGACCCUUGUAUAGACUCGGGGGGCUUACUAGAUGUAUAUUGUUCUUUAUGAAUAGAGGAAAUCACUGUGAGAAAGGGAUUCUAUUUUCCCUUGUAUAUGAAACUAUUUUACUUUCAGAUUUACCAGGCUCAUAAAUAAUCAAGAAGAAACUGAGACAAUGAAACCUUUUUACAUUUAUAAAAUGCAGUUGAUCUUUUCCAUCAAACUACUUUUCAGCCAAAAAGGCUCCAAGCUAUUAAUGGAGUAUUGAAUAGCCGGAUUAUUCAUUUCGGAGUUACUUAGGGCCAUACCGUCAGGCAACUUUUGGUAAGUAUCCACUAGCUCUAACCUUAAGAAUUAAGAUGUGUUUUUGGUAAGUUAUACUUUUUUUUUUUUUUUAUAAGAUGUGUUUUAGAAUUAAGAUGUGUUUUUGGUAAGUUAUACUCUUUUUAUAAAGACUAAAAUAAACCCGGUCCACAUUAAUUACUGUGGUUGCUGCAUAUUGACUGUUGACACUAUCCUUCACUUCGAGAAUCCUUGGUUAUUUACAAGUAAAAACCUAGUCACUAGGAAUCUUGUUAUAUUCAUCUAUAUAUGAAUUUUCAAAUCAUCAAC